GCUCACACUAAAUUCCCCGAUCAGAGCAAUAAUACGACGGAACAAAAAACCAGACCGAAAACGGAAGUUCCAAAAUCCUAUGCCCACAGCAAAAAUAUUGAUAUAUCUAUUCCUUCCCCGAAUCGAAAAAACAAAAUACCGGGGCCAAGAAGAAGAAAGAAGCACAGUACAAUACAUGGCAUAGCUACUUCCUGCACUAUUCAUUCUCACCUGUACCUACCUACCUUGCUUUACCUCCUACCUACCUACCUACCAACCUACCUACCUACCAACCUACCUACCAACCUACUGUACCUACCAACCUACCAACCUACCUACUACUCACCUGCCUGCCUGCCUCGCGCUCACGCUCUGACAGACCUACCGGGAAUCCGUUCACCUACCUAUCUACCUACCAAACGGGAAACCAAACAAAAGAGGGAAAAAGGGAUAAUAUUACCAUAAUAAAGACAAAUCGAAGAAAAUCGAAUCGAAUAAAAUCAAAUUCUGGCGGACAGAAACAGAGAAAGUACCGUAAACUCACCACCUCCAAUCCAAUCUAAUCGAUAAGCUCGUAAUUUCAGCCGCCCGCACUCUCUUCCCUGCUAAAGAGAGGAAGGGUGUGGCACGGUGUACCGGUGCGGGCACAAAAAAGUGAAAGAGGGAGAGAAAGAGAGAGGGGGGAGAAGUGGGAGGGAGGAAUAAUCUACGGUACGCAAUACUGUAACUCCAAGAUACGCACAAACAGGAGAAUAGUUCGAUGAUGGCGAAGCGGCCCAUCAAACCGGCCGUUGAACAACCCAACCCUUCAGCCACAACGACGAGCGUCUCGACUUCGGAAGACCAGCAGCAGCAGGCACAGCAGCAGCGAGGAACUGGAGGAGGCGGUGGUAGUGGUGGGGUAGGGGCAGGAGGAAGUGGAGCUGGAGGUCAAGGUGCGGUCCCGGCAGACGUGGAUACACUCAGUCCUACUACCCCCGUAUCGAAUAAGAAGAGGAGGGCUUUGAAGCAACCCGUUGCACCCGGUACCUCGCCGUUAGCCGGGCCAUCGGCGGGGGCGAAACGAACAAGGACAAACACCCCCUGGACUGCAGCUGAAGAGCAACGGCUUAAGAGUAUGCGAGAUGCUGGAAACUCGUGGAAAGCACUGAAGUAG